AUGUUGACUCAAAACAUGAGGCUCAAUUCCAAUGAGAAUAGCAAUCCGCAGACAAUGUCAACAGCUCUCUUUACCGAAUGGCUACUUCAAAUUGGUGAGGGCAUAGUCGGACAGCCUGAUCCAGAUGAUCCACGCGACAUGUCUUUUAUUCAGAUCCCUCAUUCAUUGCUGAUACCUCCAACGCAUGACUCACUACAACAACUGAUACAUUUCGUAUAUGGCACAAAAUUAGUUAAUGCUCCGACAGUAAUCGAUCUAUCAACACGGGCGAUUGUAUGUCCAACCAAUGAAGCCGUUGAUAAUAUCAACAGCAUGAUCCUCAAAUCGUUUAACACAGAUAGCAGGACAUAUAACAGUACGAAUGCAAUGGAACCGAACGGAAAGCACACAUCAGAUUUAGAGGGAUCGUUCCCCACAGAAUACCUAAAUCAGUUGACCUUCCCAGGAAUACCACCACACACAUUGGAAUUAAAGCUGAAGACACCCAUAAUGAUAAUAAACGAACAGCGAAGAAUUACCAGCAUAUAUGAAUUGAAGCGUGAUGUAAUAGGAAGUGCAAUAGAAUUGAGAAUUGUUCAGAAAUGGAGGCAUGAUGUCCGUCGAUACGAAACCUGGUUUCUUGGGGUUGAUAGAUUUGGAGAUGCAAUACAGAUCCUAGGACAGCGUACGAACCAGUCAUACAUAGAAUCGGUAGUUAAUGUAUCAGAAUGUUACACCAUAUCGGAAUACAGUUGUCCUGAAUUAGAUAAAUAUCAAAAAGUAUUGGAGAACGAUUUUUACAUAGACGUUGGCCUCAGCUCUGUUAUAAAACCACUUGCAAAUACAAUAACCAUCCCGACUACUUGGUUUUGUUUUGCUUCUAAAUCGCAGCUAGCAAAACUUGGGGAACAUCUACCAUACUAUCCAUAUUUCAUUGGUAUGCUGUCAAAGAUCAGAGACUACACAAAACAUGAUGGCCAACCGUAUGUUCUUAUUCUAACCGAUGAUAGAGGCAAUGAGGUCCCAAUAAAUCUAUGGAAAGAGUGCUUUACAAAUCCUAUGAAAUUAAAUCGGAUUCUAAUCACGCCACCCCCUGCCAUGAUAGUAGUAGCAGUUACAAAUCUAAAACCUUCAGUUUCUGCAGGAACAUUACGUCACGGAUCAUCACAUGCUACGCAUAUGUAUGUAAAUCCGCAAAUCCCAGAAACCACAGAAUUGAUGAAUCUGUACAAUGGUCCACAUCGACCAUCAACAACACCAUCAGGGAUACCAGCCAAGUUGAAGGAAAUCAGAGAAAAAACACGAUUGGAACUCCUGGUAAACCUACACAACCCUCAGCCCAAACAUAACUUCACGUCUGUUAUAAACACUAGCAAUGUUGGUUACAUACAAGAAAAAACGGUUUUAGUGAAAGCAUCCAUUGUAGACAUUGUGUUCCAGGAUAAAUGGUGUCAAAUGAUAUGUCCAACCUCUAGAGAUCCAAUCUUCAGAAGGGGGACGCAAUGGUACUGCAGUGCACACUCGAAGAUCGAAAAACCCAUACUAACGCACAAGUUCCACGUCACGAUAAACGAUCCAACUGCCACGAUAUCAGCAAUCAUAUCUGAAACAUCAUUUAACUCCUAA